AGAAGGUAAGUAAGCAUAUUGCGCUGGGUUGUGUGUAUUACUAUCAGACGUUGAUCGUAUCACAAUACCUCAAAGUUCUAAUCACGCAGGUGUGCUAACUGCGGAACGUUGGUAGUUGUUGUGGCUAAUGAAGUUGCUUAUCGCAUCGAAUUAGGGCAUCAAAUUGCAGUCAGACGCCUUGAGUCAUUGCCGGGUUGGGGUUCUACUCUAGUUUGUGUUCUCACUGGCCUGGGAGCGAUCGCGUUGCAAGUGGAGUUGAUUGGACAUGAACCUCAUCCAUCUGUUGUGUCAAAGUGAUGGGCUAGCGAAUCCAAAGAUUGAACUGUCUUUCAUACCAUGUAAAUCUCAACUUUGGCACGAUUGUCGUGCGAGAAAAGUGAAACUAAAGCUGGAGUUUGAAGAGCUCCAAGAGAAACAUCUUCCGAACGUGCUGUCUCUCUUGCCUGGUAUACUAAUAUGUGACGUUUCAUCGGAGCAAGGAGUUAAAUCCACUGAGACAGUGCUGCAAACGUCCACCAGCAUUGAAAGUGCGACUACAACGUAUCUAAUCAUGCUGAUUCUAGUGAUUGUAUUCGCGUGCAUUGUAAUCCUUAUUAUGAUUUACAUCACUUGCGUCUAUAAAAAGUCUUCAAGAAGAAAGCAAGUUUUUAAGGGUAAUGGCUUUAAUGGUGAUCAGCCCUUGAGCACGGAAGAGAUUUACGCCAAAGUUUAUCAGUUUCGACGCGAGAAGGUACAGCUGGUCGAAAAGAUAGAAAAGGGCGAGUACGGGGUGUACUGGAGAGCGAUCGUGACGGGUGUUGCUGGUGAUCCUACCACGGAGAUCGAGGUAAUGGCCAAGGAAGCUGUAGAGAAAUAUGAUCGUGAAACCGUUCUGGACGAGCUGAAGUCUUACAUACACGUGGGACAUCACGUGAACGUUCUUAACUUGCUCGGAAUCGUAACGGAAAACAUAAACCAUGGUAAGAAAACCAACUUCACCGACAUUAUUUUUCAAAUUAAAAGUCAAAGACCUUAUUUAGGAGAGCUUUUUCUUAUAACGGAGUACUGUCGGUUUGGCAAUCUUAAAACCUUUCUACGUCAAAAUAGUUACGCGUUUCGAGACGAUAAUAGCGACGCAUUGUUUGUCUAUGAUUCCGGGUAAGAGUAGGCAUUACGAAUCGAGCCUCUCUCUCUCUUUAAUGCACUUCUCUCUGUUUUAGUAACACUACACCGAGUACGUUCAGUGUAAGCCACUCUUUUACCAAAUUUGAUCUCCUCAGCUGGUCAUAUCAGAUCGCUUGCGGCCUGCAAUAUCUCGCCUCGCGUGCCUAUGUUUACGGUAAUCUAUCCGCUUACAAUGUGCUGCUCGGUGAGGGCAGCAUUGUGAAGUUGGCAAACUUUGCAGUACCUCGACGGUUAAAUUCGUCUAGUAAACUUACCCAACGAAACGUCCAGUCUCUGGAGCGUAUCGCUCCGGAAUGUCUCGAGGGGCAAGGAUCGUUUACGAGCAGCUCGGAUGUUUGGUCGUACGGCGUGCUGCUGUGGGAACUGUUUUCACUGGGGAGUGAUCCUUGCUGGGAUAUGGUAACGCACGGACGAUUGAUGGAUAGUUUUGAGUGUGAUAAUAGUUUAGCGAAACCGGAGUAUGCUAACGAUGAAGUGUACCAGUUGAUGAGGAGCUGCUGGAAGCAGGAUCCUCUCGAGCGACCAACCUUUACGGAGCUUUGCUAUAGGCUGUUCUGUAUGAUUCCGAGUCACUUUCUAAGGAACUACGAAGAACUGAAAAACAUCUACUCCUGCAUAAAUGCAGUAGAGAGCGCAAUUUUGAAACAAGAUUAAAACUGUCGUCGAAGAACACUUUCGUUGUUUGUAAACCUGUACUGAGCUGUAUUUUAUAUUUUAGUCUAUUUCUUUACUAGAUUUCACAAACUUCUAACGUAACCGUAAGUUGAAAAAAUUAAUAUAAAUUUGAAUUGCCAUAAAAAUUUGCGUUCAGGUUGUUUUAAAUUUCAUGCGUGUGGUGGUAAUGAGUCACUUAAAAUUAAUAAAUUUUUUAAAUCCUACAAAAAGUGUAAAGUUAAAUUCGAUUUUAAAUUCACCUGAUUAAAUUCUAUGUAGAUUCCUGCAAAUAAUGUUAAAAGUAAAAUGUUAUCCUCGAAAUUCAUACUCGAGUUGAGCACCUCUGCCCCACUGCUCGAAUCAAGCU